UUUGUGCUGUCCAAUCUCGACCAAGUACCAACAAACACAUCGCCUCUGCUUCUAAACCCUCUACGGCUCUACCAGGGUUUAACAUUUAAACGCCUCUUUCUCUCUGCUGCAUAAAAUUUCUUGCGCAUACUGGACUCCUCUUCAGUCGGAUCAAAAUUUCGAUUCUAUGACCUGUUUGCAGAUACUGGGUUUUAAAGGAAGAGAUGCCUUCGAAGGCUAAGAAGCAAUCAAAGACACCUUCCAGACUCUCAAAUUCUGACCCGUCUGCAUCUCCUAGAACACCUUCAUUGAUCUCUUCUUCUGAUUCUCUAGUUCGUGAAGAAGAUUUCCAAAUCAUUCUUGAAGAGGCUUCGAGUCGAUACCCUUCACUGAUUGGCAAGUCUGCUUUCAUUGGCCAUGUCACUGAUGUUGAGACUGGGUCCGGGGGCUGUAAAAUUUGGCUUUCUGAGUCCUCCAUGCUUGCAUCUAACCUUGCUCCUGGUUCCAUUGUUUCGGUGUCACUUUUUGCUUCAGGGAAGAGAUCUUUAAAUAGUUUUCCUCUCAGUUCACUAGGAGAUGAAUGUGUCCAACAAUUCAGGAUUGAUUCUUUGGAUCAAACUGCUAAUGAAGUGGGCAACUACUUUGCUCUUGCUACAGUUUUUCCUUCUUGCAAGGUUUUGAAGAAUGGAGUACGAUUGUCAUCUAACCUUUCAUACUCAAUGGGUUGUCCUGCUUCAGGCAGGGUUGUGUUUGUUUAUGCUGUACAGAAUCAGUUCCUAAGUGGUCCAGUAAAUGGUAGUGAUAAACUACAUAAGAGAGACGUUAAUCAUCUCUCGCUACAUGCCUGCAAAGAAUUGCACUUAAAGCUGGUUUCUUUUAAGGACAGAGUGAAAAUGAACAGUGAUAUGUUCUCUACAAUGCAUGCUUCUGCUGGAAAAAGUCAUGAUCAACUUGGAAAUGGGAUCGUGUCAUCCCCUAAGACACCGUCAUAUCAGUCAAAGCUCAGUUCUCCAACUGUUAAUCAGUUAGCUUCACCAAUAUGUGAAUAUCCAGUGUCUAAUUCACUCAACGUGAAUAGUACAUCUCUUGAUUCAUUUGAUAUUUUAGAGGUAUUAAAGGAUGAAAGUGCUAAAAAGCUUCUGCAGACCUGUGCUGCUUCAUGGUUGUACUCUCGUAGUUUGCUCUAUGGAAAUCUUGUGGCCAUCCCCAUACCUGUGGAGCAUUGCAUGUUCCUUGUGAUAGGUGCUAUUAUGCUUCCAGCAGAUAGUACUAAAGAUUUGACUAGUGAUAGAAGUCAGAGUCUGUUCCCUCAAGCUUCUGAAUCAGACGUCUGUGAGAAUGAUGCCUUUGUUGUUAACCGUGAGACAAAAAUAUAUCUGUAUUCAGCAUUGAAUUCAGUAUCUGAAUCUUCACAGAAAGGAGCUUUGCCACAUUUGAAAAUUGAACCUCAGGAUUUGAGAGCAAGUGAAGAAUGUAAUACUUCAAAAUUGGGUGGUUUAUCUAAAGAGUGUGCAAUUUUGAAGGAUAUUAUUAUUUCUUCAUCUGUGAAGGAUACUUUGUCAGGUCUUGGUUUACGACCUACAAAAGGAGUGCUUCUUCAUGGUCCACCUGGCACGGGAAAAACUUCUUUGGCUCAACUUUGUGCCUAUGAUGCUUGUGUCAACCUUUUCACCAUAAACGGACCUGAGAUCGUAAGUCAAAAUUGUGGUGAAAGUGAGCAAGCACUGCAUGGAGUUUUUGAUUCGGCUAGCAAAGCUGCUCCUGCCAUGGUGUUCAUUGAUGAGUUGGAUGCCAUUGCACCUGCACGGAAAGAUGGAGGUGAAGAGCUCGCUCAAAGGAUGGUUGCGACAUUGUUGAAUUUGAUAGAUGGGAUUAGUAGAACUGAUGGAUUAGUUGUAAUUGCUGCUACCAACAGGCCUGAUAGUAUUGAACCUGCCCUCAGGCGGCCUGGAAGGCUUGACAGGGAAAUUGAAUUAGGUGUGCCAUCACCAAUCCAACGAUUUGAGAUACUGCAUACACUUCUUGGUGGCAUGGAACAUUCUCUUUCAGACGUGCAAGUUCAACACCUUGCCACGGCUACACAUGGUUUUGUAGGUGCUGAUCUAGCUGCCCUCUGCAAUGAGGCUGCCUUGGUAUGUCUUAGGCGCUAUGCUAAGUCUGAAAAGUCAUGUGACAGUUUGCACUUAAGUGGAAUACUUAAUACAUAUGAAGGCCACUCUGACACUAUAUUGGAAGAAUCUGAUCAUUUAGGACAUGUUAAGGACUCUGCAAGGGAGUGUUCUGGCUCUGCCUCUUCAUGUGACUCAGGUUUACCUAUUUCUUCAGAGAUUCUACCGUCUUUUCACCCGAAUGGAACAAUGUCGGAAAUCACGGAUAAUAUCCAGGAUUGUGUUUGUAGUACUUCUAAAGGGAUAUUUAUGUCAGAAGAAUAUACAUUGAAAGUGACUUUUGAAGAUUUUGAAAAGGCCAGGAUGAAAGUGAGGCCUAGUGCCAUGCGAGAGGUAAUACUUGAGGUGCCAAAGGUCAAUUGGGAAGAUGUUGGUGGCCAGAGGGAGGUCAAAACUCAAUUAAUGGAAGCAGUAGAAUGGCCUCAAAAACACCAGGAAGCAUUCAUGCGUAUUGGCACUUGUCCCCCAACAGGAAUAUUGAUGUUUGGUCCUCCCGGUUGUAGCAAAACCCUUAUGGCACGUGCAGUAGCUUCUGAAGCAGGGCUAAAUUUCCUCUCAGUAAAGGGUCCUGAACUUUUUAGCAAAUGGGUUGGUGAAUCAGAGAAAGCUGUGAGAUCCCUAUUUGCCAAGGCACGAGCCAAUGCACCGUCAAUCAUAUUUUUUGAUGAAAUUGAUGGUCUUGCUGUCAUUCGUGGGAAUGAAAGUGAUGGAGUUUCAGUUUCUGAUAGGGUUAUGAGUCAACUUCUUGUGGAAUUGGAUGGUUUACAUCAAAGAGUUAAUGUCACUGUUAUCGCUGCUACGAAUCGGCCUGACAAGAUUGAUCCUGCCCUUUUAAGACCUGGACGCUUUGAUCGCCUGCUAUAUGUGGGACCUCCAAAUGAGAGUGACCGGGAGGAAAUAUUUCGUAUCCAUUUACGAAAAAUUCCUUGCAGUUCUGAUGUAUCCAUAAAAGAGUUGGCGUAUCUCACAGAAGGUUUUACUGGGGCUGAUAUUUCGUUAAUAUGCCGAGAGGCAGCCAUUUCAGCUAUUGAGGACAACAUUGAUGCAUCAGAAAUAACUAUGGAACAUUUAAGGACUGCAAUUAAACAAGUACAACCAUCAGAGAUUCUGUCUUACAAUGAACUAUCAGAUAAGUUUCAAAGGCUUGUAUACAUUAAUGCUGAAGGAGAUAGACUAGGACAUCAGCAUUGCUCAAGUAAAUCAACCAGUUUCCAUAUCUGGGCCAUGAUAAAAUCCCUCUGGCAAAAAAAUUCUGCUUCAAGUGGUUAGCCACGAGUUGCCUUCUAGUUUAUUGCCUGUUAUUUUCACACAACCAGAUACAUACAUCAUCUUAUUUAUCAGAGAACGGGACAAUGCCAGCUUGGAGCAUCAUCCGUUCCUUUCUUUCUCCAGGAGCUGUGUUUUAAACAAAUCCAGAAAUUCGCAACACGAAAGGAGUUUCAUAAACAUACUUGGGUGGAGAUUUAGUUUUCCUAGUAUAUUACAGCGCUGUUGCAGAUGUUCCACAGCCGAGAAAACAGAUUGAGAGGAUUUGAUUUGAGUGGGAUCCCCCACAUGAUCAAACACCUUUCAUGAUGGGUUUGGUUGAUGGUCCCCAUCAAAAAUUUGGAGAUGGAUUCCCUUGUGAUUAGAGGAUGAGAACAGUAAUUGAGAUGUGGGGUUAGGUUUUUGUAUUGUUGUCCAUCCUAGGAACUUUGUCUUGGUCCUGUACAGUCGGCCAUUUCCAGAAUUUUUGGUAUUGCGGAUAUUGCUGAGGAAUAAUUGCCAUCAUUCAUGUUAUGACAAGAUUCACUUGACAAAAGUGUGGUUGGAUUUUUAAUGAUAAGUGAGAGAUGGGGUGGGGUGGGGUGGCUGGCUAUAUCUGUCACCCUGGCUUGGUCGUAAAAGGAGUGAUCUUUAAAGUGUUUGCUGUGUCUGUACCCAUAAUGUAGUUUUCCAACUUAGUUUCUUAUCAAUUUGAGUCAUCUGGGUAUCCGACAAAACUAUUGAAUCAUUGCCGCUUUGACUCUCUCCAUUAUUAUUCCCUUUACAUUUUAUUUUUUUUCUCUUUCUUUCUUUGUGGUUUUCAUCUAAGACAAUUGAUGGUUAGUCAAUAUCUGUAAAAGGGCAAUUAGGGUUUUGUUAAAAGUGAUUGAGAAAUGGUCAAAGAUUUCGGCUGCUAUCUCAGGGAUUUGGGUUCAACUUAAACGCCAAUGGUUAUCUUGUCUAACUAACGUAUAUUGAA